GUUACUGUUUGCAUUGCAUCAAGUUCAAACCCUUUGAGAAGAGAGAGAGAGAGAGUGAAGAUUUCAAAUAGAAGAACCGAGUGCUCGUCGAAGAGCACAUACAAUGGAAGUUCCGAAAGAUCAAAUCGCCACUCUUCUGGAACAUGGCCUCUACAACUCCGCUCAGAUGCUCGGUUGUUUUCUUGUUUCUUCUCCUGCUGCAAUUGCUGAAUCUGUCCCACACCUCAAAACUGAGAGCUUGGUGCUACUUGGUGAUUGUUUUUUUCGUGAAAGGGAGUAUCGUAGAGCCAUUCACUCCUAUAAACAAGCGUUGCAAUACUACAAGAUGAUUCCAAAACAGAACAUGACUUCUCGAGGUUCAUUGACGUUGAACCGAUCUUCGUCUCCAAAUUCUUGCAAUGGAUCAGUAAUCAAUGAGAAUGAGGUGAAAUUCAAAAUUGCAUCAUCUCACUGUUUUCUGAAUGAGAAUAAAGCAGCUCUAGUUGAGAUGGAAGGAAUUCCCAACAAAGCUAGAAAUUUGGCAAUGAAUUUGUUAUUAGGAAAACUAUAUCGAGUUUCAAGGCAUAGCCGAGCUGCUGUUGCUAUUUACAAAGAAUGUAUAAGGCAUUGCCCGUAUAUACUUGAGGCCAUCACAGCUUUAGCAGAACUGGGAUCUACUGCAAAGGACAUCAUUUCAUUGUUUCCUCAGACUCCAAAUAGAAGUGGUAGGGCUCCAUUUGAUCAUACUGACUCAAGUCGUUGGCUUCAACGAUAUGUUGAAGCUCAAUGUUGCAUGGCUUCAAAUGAUUACAAGGGUGGAUUGGAGCUCUUUGCUGAUCUUUUACAGCGAUUCCCUAAUAAUACACACUUACUACUUGAGAUGGCAAAGGUUGAAGCUAUCAUUGGAAAGAAUGACGAGGCCAUAAUGAAUUUUGAAAAGGCCCGGUCAAUUGAUCCAUACAUCAUAACAUAUAUGGAUGAGUAUGCAAUGCUUCUAAAGCUUAAGUCUGAUUAUCCAAAGCUGAAUAAGUUGGUGCAUGAUUUAUUGAAUAUUGAUCCUGCAAGACCAGAGGUUUUUGUAGCUCUAUCUGUUUUAUGGGAAAGGAAAGAUGAGAAAAAAUCAUUACAAUAUGCUGAGCAGAGUAUUCGGAUUGAUGAGAGACACAUACCAGGGUAUAUAAUGAAGGGGAAUUUAUUGCUGACUAUGAAACGGGCAGAAGCAGCUGUGUCUGCUUUCAGAGCAGCUCAAGAAUUGAGACCAGAUAUUCGCUCAUAUCAAGGUUUGGUUCAUACAUAUUUGGCCCUUUCUAAAAUCAAAGAGGCUUUAUAUGCUUCAAGAGAAGCAAUGAAAGCAAUGCCUCAGUCAGCAAAGGCUUUAAAGUUAGUAGGUGAUGUGCAUGCCAGUAAUUCCAGUGGCAGAGAAAAGGCAAAAAAGUUUUAUGAGUCUGCAUUAAGACUAGAACCUGGUUACCUUGGAGCUGCACUAGCUUUGGCUGAGCUGCAUGUUAUAGAGGGCCGAAAUGGAGAUGCUGUUUCUCUGCUUGAACGAUAUCUUAAAGAUUGGGCUGACGAUUCUCUUCAUGUAAAACUUGCACAAGUCUUUGCCGCCACUAACAUGCUGCAGGAGGCUUUGUCACAUUAUCAGGCUGCAUUAAGGUUAAACACCCAGAAUGAAGCAGCAAAACGGGGUUUAGAGCGUUUAGAGAAGCAAAUGAAGGGUGUGGAUCCUGAUGCACCUGAAGAAGAUGAAGACAAUGAUGUUGAAGACGCCGACGGAGAUCAAGACGAGACCGAACUUCUUUGAAUAUAAGUGCACCUAGGAAGUCUUUGAUGAUGUUGAUGAGGAAAGUACCCUGGAAAUAGUUUAAUGUUGAGAUGACAUUAACAGUAGGGUGAGAAUUACCCUGGUGGCCUACAAUUACAAGCUUGGCUUCGGUUUGCCUUAACUACUGCAAGUAUUCACAUCAGAAAACAAAUCAUUUCAUACUGUUGCAUCUCAUACCCUAAGGCUGUAUAAAUAUGGAAUGUAAGGAUUAGAUGGUGAAAUUUCAUCUUCAGGAUGAUCGGAUAUUGGCUAAGUGGCUGAGUUCCAUUUUGUAAGGCCAAAGAUGUCUCAGCUGGAAGCUUGCCUUAUGUCCGCUGUAAAAUUUAUUUUCUUUUUUAUGUUUGUAAAAGCUAUGAUAUAUUUGUUAAAAAGUUAGUCAAGUGAAAACUGUAGACAGUCAAUUUUCACUUUCUGUAACACUGUAAAACAACUGUUCAUUUUAAUUGUUUUGAUCACAAGUCAAAAGGUGACGUUCCAU